AUGCAUCAGUUUUUCCGACGCUUGGGUCAGUGUGGGAAUCAGAUAGGACACGAGCUCUUGGUCAUAAGCGAUGAUUCCGGUGGACCGAACAGAAAGCAGUACAAGCAGUGCAGUGAUGAGAGAUUCUUUCAUGAGACAUCUGCUGGAGAACUUGUGGCUCGGUCAGUGCUUGUUGAUAUGGAGCCCAAAGUUAUAUCUCGAGCAAUAGCCAAGGCUUCAAAAUCUGGAAGAUGGAGAUAUGGAGACGGGGCACAUUUCUCCCAGAAGCAGGGCUCUGGGAACAACUGGGCGAAUGGGUUCUGUGUUCAUGGACCACGUCAUGAAGAAGCUGUGGAGGACCUGGUUCGGAUGGAGAUGGAGCGCUGUGAUCGUCUGGCUGGGAUUUUCACCAUGAUGAGUGUUGCAGGUGGCACCGGUUCUGGUGUGGGUACUUACAUCACUCAGCGUUUGAGGGACUUGUACCCCAACUCCUUCAUCCUGAAUCAAGUAACGUGGCCCUACGAGGCUGGCGAGGUGAUCGUGCAAAACUACAACUCUGUGUUGACGCUGUCACACCUCUACCAGCUCUCUGAUGCUAUUCUGGUUCACGAGAAUGACACUGUGCACAAAAUCUGCAGCCGGCUGAUGAACAUCAAGCACAUCUCCAUCAGUGACGUUAAUAAGGUGAUCGCUCACCAGCUGGCCAGUGUACUUCAGCCCGCUUAUACCGCUGAUUCACCCUGCCAUUACAGCACAAACCCCAUCGGGGAAUUACUGACUUCUUUGGUGUGUCACCCCGAGUACAAACUGCUCAGCUUGUGUAACAUUCCUCAGAUGUCCAGCACGUCUCUGGCCUAUAGUGUGUUUAACUGGCCUGGGCUGCUGAAGCAUUUACGUCAAAUGCUCAUCGCCAGCGCUAGGAUGGAGGAAGGAAUCGACUGGACAGUAAGCGCCCCAUUAGCAGUUACAUCUGCAGGAGAGAGUGCAACAAACAGCAGGCAUAAAAGUUUCAAUUUAUCACUUGCUAAUCUUCUAAUACUACGAGGGAAAGAUGUCUCUACUGCGGUUACAGAUGGUUUUAAGGAUCCUGCGUUAUAUGUGCCGUGGCUUAAACCAGAAAAUAGUUUCAGCACAUGGACCUCUCCUGUAGCCUUCAAUGGAUAUGAAAAGUCUGCCACUUUGGUCAGUAACAGCCAGUCCCUUUUGAAACCUCUGGACAAUAUAGUCAGGAAAGCUUGGAACAUGUUUGCAUCAAGGGCCUACGUUCAUCAGUAUACAAAGUUUGGAAUCUCUGAAGAGGAUUUUCUGGACAGUUUUACGGCACUAGAACAGAUCAUCUCCAGCUACACACAUCUCUGAUUUACCUGAUCAUAAAGAUUGUGACAAUACUGAUUCCAUAUGAUGUGCCUUUACCUGACCCUGGAGAAAUUACAUUUGUUAAUAUAGCCCAGUUAAAUUGGUCAUUUUUUUAUACAAAUAUUUAUUUCUGUCUUUCAGAGUUGUAAAUAUAUAAAUAGAUAUUUUCUGUAUUUGAAAAAAUAUGUUAAAAGUACAUUCAUCUAAUCUCGCUAUAUAAAGUAAUUGUCAUCCCUCCUCCACCUUUUCUUACGUUUCUUUGUAUUCAUCUCUCAGUCAUGUGAUUUUUCUGAUUCUGAGGCAAGCACAGACCCUACCAAAACAAUCUUUCGACUGUGAAUUAAAUAUAUAUAAAUGUCUGCAAAUGUUAGAUUUGGUAAAGUCUGUGCAAACUUUAAAUCUGUAAAUUGUUUUGGAUUUAAGUAAAAAUAAAUAAAAGGUAUUAACCUCC